AUGGGACUGCGAGUCGUCUCUCCGGAGACCUCCAGCACUGUUGCCACCGACGCUGCGGCGACCGCCGGCGCGCCGCCAGGACAACCCACGCGCGGGCGCGCAGAUAACAGCAAGUGGGCAGAAUUCGCGGCGCGGGUGUCCGGCGAGUGGGACGGCUUCGGCGCGGACUUCACGGCGUCCGGCGACCCCGUGGAGCUGCCGGAGAACGUGGUCCCGGAGGCGUACCGGGAGUGGGGCGUGCAGGUGGUGGACUGGCAGACGCAGUGCCCGACGCUGGCGGACCCGGCCGCGCCGUGCGCGCUGCACUACCGCCUGGUCCGCCUGCUCCCCACGGUGGGGUGCGAGGCUGACGCUGCCACCGUGCACACCUCCCACCAGCGCCACGCCGCCUCCGCCGCCGCCUUCGCGUACGCCGCCGCGGGGUCCUACGUCGCCGCGUGGCCCAGGGGCCCCGCACCCGUGCUCGAGGUGGAGCACUGCGUCGUGCGCUCGGACGCGCCCGCCGAGGAGGCCGGCAGGGUCCGGGUGGUGCAGACUGUGGCGCUGGGCAGGGAGGCGCGGCUCCGCGGCGUCAAGGUCUUCGCCGAGCAGUGGUACGGCCCGUUCCGCGACGGCGAGCAGCUCGGCGGCUGCGCCGUCGGGGAAACCGCGUUCGCGGCGGGGGAGAAGCUCGACGUCGCCGAGGUGAUGGGGCAGUGGGAGACCACGGACGCCGCCGCCGCGAGGUUCUCCGGCGAGCUGGACCCCGAGACGGGAAAGUUCGCGGAGCUGUCGCCGGACGAGCCGAGGAAGGUGCUGAGGGACGCGGAUGGCGUCGUGACGCUGCCGAAGCAGCUGUGGAGCGCGUUCAAGGAGCUCCGCAAUGGCGAGUUCCUGUGCGAGGUCGGGUGGGUUCUGGGCGGCGGCAGCGCUGUCACGUCGCGGUGUGUUCUGUCCACGGACGGAGACGUCAAGGAGAUCGCUGCCGCCCACGAGCGCCGGGUGUCGGAGACCACUUGA